AACAUCCGCCCGGCUGCCUGCCCGCAGUUAACAGACUGCAAAGGUAGCGCGUGGGGCCGCAUGCGACCAGCGGCGUCGGGGGUCUAGAGAGCCAGCGGGGAAAGGACGCGCGAUGUGUCGGCCAGCUCUGACCAGGCUGCUGCUCUUGCAUCUGCUCUUGAUCAAGCUCCACAGCGCCAGAGGCUCCGGGAAGGAGUGCGAAGAGAACCAGUUUCAGUGCCGGAACGAGCGGUGCAUCCCUUCCAUUUGGAAAUGUGAUGAGGACGAUGAUUGCUUGGAUAAUAGUGACGAAGCAGACUGCCCCAAGAAGACUUGUGCAGAGUCCGAUUUUACCUGCAACAAUGGUCACUGCAUCCCGUCCAGAUGGAAGUGCGAUGGGGAGGAGGAAUGUUCAGAUGGAUCUGAUGAAUCCGAAUCAAUGUGCACCAAACAAGUAUGUCUAGCUGAAAAAAUUAGCUGUGGAGACUCCAGCAAUAAAUGCAUUCCUGCGUCUUGGAAAUGUGAUGGAGAAAAAGACUGUGAAAGUGGAAUUGAUGAAGCUGGUUGCACUAACAUCUGUUCUUCAAGUGAAUUCCAGUGCAGCAACAAGACCUGCAUAGCCACAAUCUUUGUCUGUGAUGGUGACGAUGAUUGUGGCGAUGGCAGUGACGAGAGGAAGUGCCCUCCCUUCACUUGCAACCCGAAUGAGUUCCAGUGCAACAAUAGCCUGUGCAUCCCACAGAUUUGGGUCUGUGACAAACAGCCUGAUUGUGAAGACCUCUCAGAUGAGUCCAUGGAGAGGUGUGGGUACAAACUCAAACCACAAAUCGUGAGCACCUGUGCAGCGCAUGAGUUCCAGUGUGGCAAUGGGGAAUGUAUCCAUUUGAAUUGGAAAUGUGAUGGAGAUGAAGACUGCAAAGACAAGUCAGAUGAACAAGAUUGUUCCUUGGUGACCUGCAGCCCUGAUGACUUCCAGUGUGGUGAUGGGACCUGUAUCCAUGGAGCUAAACAGUGCAACAAAGUGCACGAUUGCCCUGACAACAGUGAUGAAGCUGGCUGCAUUAAUGAGGCGGCGUGCGAGAGUCCCACCAAAUUUCAGUGUAAAAGUGGAGAAUGCAUAGAGGAAGUCAAGGUGUGCGAUUCACACAGGGACUGCAGGGACUGGUCCGAUGAGCCUCUAAAAGUUUGUGAUGUAAAUGAAUGUGCCCUGAACAAUGGUGGUUGCUCCCACAUUUGCAAGGACUUGAAGAUUGGCUAUGAAUGUGAAUGUCCUCCUGGAUACAAGCUUAUGGAUAAGAAAACGUGUGGAGAUAUAGAUGAAUGUGAGAAUCCAGAUGCGUGCAGCCAGAUCUGCAUUAACUACAAGGGAGACUAUAAAUGUGAAUGUUAUGAUGGUUAUGAGAUGGACACCCUGUCUAAAAACUGCAAAGCCAUAGGAAAGAGCCCAUACCUUGUUUUCACAAACCGCCAUGAAGUACGCAAGAUUGACCUGGUGAAAAAGGAUUACUCUCGCAUCAUUCCCAUGCUGAAGAAUGUGGUUGCUUUGGAUGUGGAAGUGGCAACAAACAGGAUAUACUGGUGUGAUUUAUUCUACAGGAAGAUAUACAGUGCCUACAUAGAUAAGGCCAGUGACACAGCUGAGCAGAUGGUUCUGAUAGACAGCCAGUUACACUCUCCGGAAGGUCUGGCAAUGGAUUGGGUCCACAAGAACAUUUAUUGGACGGAUUCAGGAAACAAGACCAUUUGUGUAGCCACAGCUGAUGGGCAUAAGAAGAGGACACUUUUCAGUACUAACUUAAGUGAACCCAGAGCUAUUGCGGUGGAUCCCAUACGGGGUUACAUGUAUUGGUCUGACUGGGGAGACAUAGCAAAAAUUGAGAAAUCUGGCUUGAACGGUAUGGAUCGGGAAGUGCUCGUGACAGACAACAUCGAAUGGCCCAAUGGAAUCACACUGGAUUUGCUGAAUCAACGUCUCUACUGGGUUGAUUCCAAGUUGCACUUGCUUUCAAGUGUAGAUUUCAAUGGGAGCAACCGUAAAGUUCUCAUCUCUUCUGUGGACAACCUGAGCCACCCAUUUGGACUGGCUGUGUUUGAGGACAGGGUAUUCUGGACGGACUUAGAGAAUGAGGCAAUCUUCAGUGCUAAUAGGCUGAAUGGUCUAGACAUUUCUAUUUUGGCAGAGAACCUCAAUAAUCCUCACGACAUUGUAGUUUUUCAUGAACUAAAGCAACCUAAAGCUCCAGAUGUUUGUGAACUUCAUUCUCUGCCAAAUGGAGGGUGUGAAUACCUGUGUCUCCCUGCACCACAAAACUCUCCACACUCACCCAAAUAUACAUGUGCUUGUCCAGACAAUAUGUGGUUAGGCCCUGAUAUGAAAAAGUGUUAUAAAGAGCUUCCAGCUACCUCAACUGAAUUGCCUACUACUGCUGCUACUCCUACCACAUCAAGAAGUUACCUUCUGAACUUUACGGCUAUCACUGCUGAUAGUGUGACUACUACAACUGACAAUGUUAGUACGGAAGGAUCAGAAACUACAGCACAAGUCUUUCUCGGCGUGACAAGCCUUCAUUCAAUCACAGUGACAUCCAGCCCAGCUGAUAAUAAAAUAGCAACAGGAAAUAGCAAUCUCUUCCAGCACUAUGCUAACAAUGGGCAGGCUUUUGGCUCAACUGUGAUGGCAGCCGUUAUCGGAAUUGUUGUUCCUAUUGUGGUGAUCGGCUUACUAUGCACAGGUGGGUAUCUCAUCUGGCGAAACUGGAAGAGGAAAAAUACAAAAAGCAUGAAUUUUGAUAAUCCUGUGUACAGGAAGACUACAGAAGAAGAAGAUGAGGAUGAAAUUCAUAUUGGGCGAACAGUACAGAUUGGUCACGUGUACCCAGCACGUGUGGCACUAAGUCUAGAAGAUGAUGGACUACCAUGAGGAAUAAACCUACUCCAUUUCCAUGGUUAAUGGAUCAAAAGAAAUGCACUGAACCUGUCUACUGUGGCUAAUGGAAUCCACCUUCUUCUCUUUCCUUCUCCUCUCCUUUAUAUUUAUGUUGCAAAAGGGUAACCACAAAGUUGUAAUGAACUGCAAACAUCCAAAGGAUGUGAGAGUUUUGUAUGUAUAAUCUUUUAUACACCCUUUUAACUUCUUGCACUAUCCAUCUGUAAUAGUGAGGAGCCUACUGUACUACUGAAUGCUGCCAACCCAACCCAAGGAUCAGCAGCUUACACAUCAUUUCUAAAAAUUAUAUUUAUAGAUGUUUUGUAAAUAUGUCAAGCAUACUUUGUGGCUGUCUUAUCAGUAUAAGGACAGAAAGAGAGAUCUGUAUAAACCAUUUAGAAUAUUUAUUAACAAAUUCUGAAUAUCAAAUUUGAGCUGUACAUAUAUGUAGAGGACAAGAGUAUUUAUAUUUUUUUUUUACAUUUGACUCGUAUUGCAGAGAUAAUUUGUAUAUCUAUCAAGGUUGGAUAGGUAUUUAGACAUUCACAUAUAUAAAUAUACAUAUAUGAAUAUAUUUUAGAAAGAAUAGCUCAGCUCUAUGAUAAUAGAGUAAUUUAAUUCUUAAAGGAUGUUUAGUGAAAACUUUGCUACAGAGUCUAAAGCCGCUGAGUGAGAAUUAUAGAUGUUACAAUAAGAUAAUCCAAAAAUGAUCAAGAAACUAAAGUGUUCCCAUCAUGAACAAACCAAACGCUGCAGAUAAUCCUCAAUUUACAACCACUGUUGGAACCAGAAUUUCCAUUGCUAAGCAGGACAGUCGUUAAGUGAGGUGAGCGUGAUUUUACUACCAUUUUGCAUGGUUAAAUUAACCACUGCAGUUGUUAAGUGAGCCAUGUUAAGUGAGUCAAGUUUCCCCAUUGAAAUUGGCUGGAAAAAUGGCAAAUGGCAAUCGCAUGACUCCAGGAUGCUACAAUUGUCAUAAAUUGCCAUUUGCCAAGCACCCAGAUUUUGAUCGUAUGACUGUGGGGAUCCUGCACCAGUUGUAAGGGCAAGGGCCAGAUGUACGUCAUUUUUUUUUUCAGUGCCAUUGUAAUUUGGAACCGUCGCUAAACAAAUGGUUGUAAGUCAAGGACUACCCAGGCCUGCAAGGUUUAUGGCUCUGACACUUGCACACCCCAGCAACAGGCAGAGUUCUCAUGCCAACAAUGAGCCCCUUGCAAAGAUUUCUCAUCUGCUUUUAUCGGAAAGAAUAUUUGUGCUCCUAAAAGCCUGGGUUAACUCUUUUUGAGUACACGGAGAAGCUCAGAACAUUGCUACAAGCAUUGCCCUGUAAAAAUGAGGACGGUGCCCAUACAUCCCAAAUCAUUAACCUGGCAAGAUAUAAGCAAAUUUAAGAUGCCAACUUUAGUACAGUUUCAAAGAAAACAGCCCCCUCUUGGUGACCACUCUUCAAAGUAGCCAUGUAUUGGUUAGCCUUUUUAAUUUUUAAGCGUUAUAAAGCUUCAUUUUUGGUUAAAAAAAAGAGUGUUCACCAAUUAUACCUAGUUUUCUUUUAGAACUUAUUAAAUGAAUGUAAGAAAGAAUUUUUUUUCUCCCGUAUCUUAACCUGUGCAGAACAAUUCUAGGUAUAUAUUUUUAAAAGUAAAUCUCAUGGUGUUCAGUGGGACUUGCUGCUUUUUAUUCUAAGGAUGUAUAAGAUUAUGGAAACACUGGUUUUAGUGGGCUGGAGACAUUGGAAGCUAUUCCAAAUAUGUAGAAUCGGUUUUAAACCAAAUCUGAUGAAAUUAUUAUUAUAAGUAACCAUAAGCAAAUCAAAGCCCUUGUUCUCCUAGUAACCUUUGCUGUUGAUUCAAAUUAGUGGAAUUAAUGAUCCAAGAUUAUAGUCCUUUUCUCUGGAAUUCUCAUUCCCCAUUUAUUCAAAGUUUAUAAAGACUCAAAGUGAAGUUGAUGACAUCAAAGAAUAUAAUGUGCAGGGAUGGGGAAGGAAGUGGUAUUAAAAAGAUUGCAGCUUGUCUACUUGCUGUAUGAAUAGCACAAAUGUGCUAUUGGGGUACCCUAUUAUUUUAAUUUAAGUUUCCUAUUUGAAGAUAUUACUGUUUCAUUGAAUCUUGUUAAUUACAUUUUGUUGUUUAAUUGGACUUUGAAUGGUCUCUCUUAAUUAGCCUAACCUAAAGUAAUUUUCUCUUCCUGUGGGAAAUUGUAUUUCCCUUGUAAAUUUCCCAAGUAAAUGAUUAAAAGAGGGAAAAAUGCAGAGUUGUAAUACAAAAAAAAUAUCCAGAAAUUGAUCUUGGCACAAUUAUAUAGUGGUUAGAAAAGAAGCAGUUGAUCAUAAAUUUUCCAGCCACAAGCAACUGGAAGCAGUAAAACAUGCUGGACCUGUAAACAGGAAACUUUGAAUUAUAACUGGAAAGAUUUUGCUGAACAGGACUAAAUUAUAGGGAAGUAUUAUUGAAGAAUUUGGGUCAUGAUAAAGAAUUGUCCAGGUAAUAUAAUACUGUAUUAAAUGUUGCUUGGAUCCACCAUAUUUAUUCCAAUUUUCAGCUAAUUACAGUAGAGAAUUCUAGAGGGAAAAACAUCCCAAAAUUUAAGAAAGUCAAAGUGGCACAUAUUUAUUGGUAUAAACUAUUACAUGAUCAAUGGGCCCACUUAUUUAUUUGGAUUUUGCUGAUCCAAUUGUUGAACAACAUUUUGAUCUGGUUGUACCCAAGUGAAAAGCACAACAAUGUAAACCACAGGACUGUUGGUGGUAUCCUGAAGAACCAUUUCUGAACAUUAAAUUAAAUGAUCUCAUGACCUCCCUGGAACCCCCUUUUUUUUAAUCCUAAAAAGUUAUAGUUACCAGUGAGCUUGGGUGUAUUCCUGAAUAUUUUUUCCCCAGCUGAUGUGGGUUAAUGGAAAGGAGUAAAAAGAUCCACCUUAUCUGGAGAGGCAUCCUGAUAAUACAUGUCCCAGAAUAAUUCCAGAAGGUUGUUGUUUUUUUUUUUAACAAACAGGGUAACUGCAAUUUCUUAUCAGGUAGUGAAGUUGAAAGUAAAUGCCUGGCCACGAUAUUAGCUAGCGAGCAUAAAUCUCCAUGGGGGAGAGGGGUGGGGCAUGUGACAAAAAGAAAGUGCACAAUGUCAUAAUGACCCAAACACUAUGACUUACAUAUAUUUGCGUUGGUCAUCAGGGCGCUAGUACAUAAAGCUGGGUUUUGCCUGUCACUGCAUAUGUAAUGUCAUUUUCCCAUGAUUGUGGCUAUUGCAGAUACCAGUGCCAGGCUAGGCUGAACAGGAAUUUGCAAUCUUGUUAAAUUCCUUAAUUUUGGUGCUUUGGAUAGCUAUUUGAAUGCACUAGAACACUGAGCUGUGAAACUGAAAAUGCUGUAGAACUAUUUUUGCCCAGGAUCUCUAAAUAAUUAAAUGUUCAAUCAUUUUAUGAAUAAGCAAUAUCUAUUAAGCAUAGCAGUUCCAGUAGGUGGCUAUUAUAUCUCCUCUGUACUCCCUGGUAGCCUUGAAUUGCAACUCUUGUACUGACUAUAUGAAUCACUGUAAUCCUGGGUUGGUUUUAAAAAAAAAAUCUGCCCUUCAUAGAAUCAAUUUCAUAACAAAUUGAACUUUUGUUUGAAAUGUAGUGAUACAAAGACAAUCUUGUACUUUUAUAGAUGUUAAAGAUUUUCUCUGCAAACAAAACAGAUGAUCUAAUUCAGGGGUUUCAAACUCACUGCCCGCAGGCCGGAUGCGUCACAUGCUGUCCACGCCCCCGCCCAGUUUAGCGAAGGGGGGAAAAGUCCCAAUAUGUCAUGUGACAACGCUGUGAUGAUGCGAGUUUGACAGGCCUGACCUAAUGGUUGCAAAAAUUGCUUCCAGUUUAUAUGAUGACAUUUAUAAACCCAGAGUAUCUCAUGUUUAUGAUGGCUGUUCAGCUAUUAAAAAUAUAUAUUCAUUGAUGUAAGUCAUAAUAUUCAAGAUGAUUCUCUGAUAAUAGGAAGUCAUCCUUUGAUGACAAAUACCAAUAUGCCUAAACUGGUCCUUCAUGUUAAGGAUAAGUGAGUGAGAAGUUAAAAGAGUAUAAUAGAAUCUGCACCUUGGAAAGUUUAUUCAGUUUGCUGCUUGUUUAUAAUGGGUAUUGAGAAGGAAGGAUGUCUAUUUCUUUCUGCUAGAUUUUGAGAAAGAAGCUUUAGAGUUAAAUACAUGCUUCUGAAGAAAGAUGUAGAGGAAAAAGAAAAUAUUUAAAGCUGCUCUGCUCAGUUACUACAAAACCAUGCACUGUGUGCAUGAAUAAAAUUAUAAAAUGAAGAAAAAGGCUUUGUAUGUAAUAACUGUAACUAACCUCAAACUGUAUAUAGAUUUGAGUAAUUUACCAUUUUGAUACUUUUUUUUAAAAAAAAAAGUAAAACCUUGUACAAAUCCUAUGUAUAAUGCUGGAAUUUUUCUCCAAACCAUUGUAAAUUACUCUGUUUUCCUGAUUUCCAACAUGACAGAUUUGUAACUACAUCGAGUUGAUAAUCAAAUUUUCCUUAAAAUAAAAAUAAUAUUUUCAAUACAAAACUGGGAACAUUAAAAAAAUUAUCACUGUACAGUAAUCAUUUUUGAGCUUUGUCUUGUCAUAAUGAAAUUCCGUUAGGAUGCAGCGUUCUUGCGUGGUGCCUUUUCUGUUUGUUUUUAUUCUAAACAAAUGGUUUAGGGCGGUGCUUUUCGACCUUAGUAACUUUUAAGAUAUGUGAACUUCAAAUCCUAGAAUUCCCCAGCCAGUAUGCUAGUAGGGGAAUUCUGGGAGCUGAAGUCCACAUACCUUAAACUUGCCAAGAUUGAGAAACAUUGGGUUAGGAGUGUGGAGAAAGGAGGGCUCUGCUGUUUCUAAUGUUUCUGAUACUUACAUCCAUAGGGGGUACUGAAAAACCAAAUGAAUACAUUUGUAAGACUGUGUACUGUUUCUAUAGAGAGAUUAAAUUUUUUAUUGACUAUUUGCAAUGUGUGUUGUAUUAUUAUUAUUAUUUUUAAUUUGAAUUUAUAUCCCGCCCUUCUCCGAAGACAAGAGGGCGGCUUACACUGUGUUAAACAAUAGUCUUCAUCCAUUUGUAUAUUAUAUACAAAGACAACUUUAUUGCUCCCAACAAUCUGGGUCCUCAUUUUACCUACCUUAUAAAGGAUGGAAGGCUGAGUCAACCUUGGGCCUGGUGGGACUUGAACUUGCAGUAAUUGCAAGCAGCUGUGUUAAUAACAGACAGACUUGGUCUGUUGAGCCACCAGAGGUGGCUUAAUGGUGGAAUUGAAGAAAACGUAAGUUGACUUCAAACAUAAUACUGCAAGCCAGCACAUAGCUUUCUUAAGUCAUUUGGAGGUUCUUUGAUGCCUCAUAGGGGAAAAGCAUCCAAUUUUCCAAUGGUCCUGAGGUGAAUAUUUGUUCACAGACUUCUUCCUCUGAUUAGAUUCAAUGACUCUUAAAGUCUUAAUCUCAUGAAAAUUGUGUGAUCACAUUUUAUUAGUGUGUUGCAGCGGUUAAGGAAGCUUGGACAUAUUUCUCUCAGCCAAAUUUCUUUUUGAUCAAUCUUUACAUCUUUCUGAGCUUCCAUGUAAUUCUUAUACCUGAGGUCAAUCAGAAAACAGGCAAAGGCGGCUAUUUGGUCUGGGUCUCAAGUUCAACAUGAAUUCAAAACAUAGUAUAUAAUUGUGGGAGGCUACAUUCUCCUUAUAGGUAAAGGUAAAGGUUCCCCUCGCACAUACCAGCUAGUCGUUGCCGACUCUAGGGGGCGGUGCUCAUCUCCGUUUCAAAGCCAAAGAGCCAGCGCUGUCCAAAGACGUCUCCGUGGUCAUGUGGCCGGCAUGACUCAACGGCAAAGGCGCACGGAACGCUGUAACCUUCCCACCAAGGUGGUACCUAUUUUUUCUACUUGCAUUUUUACGUGCUUUCGAAACUGCUAGGUUGGCAGAAGCUGAGACAAGUAAUGGGAGCUCACCCCGUUACACAGCACCACUAGAUUUUCGAACCACUGAGCUGCUGACCUUUCGAUCGACAAGCUCAACGUCCUAGCCCCUGAGCCACCGCAACAUUCUCCUUAUAGUAGAACUUAAUUGUGUUUUAUUUUACUGGCAUUUUGUAUUUUUUAUAUGGGACCUCAAAUGUUGGAGAUUGUUUGGGUCUUUCUGAAUUUUCUGAGAGGACUUGGCUCCCUUUGCACUUAAAAUAGGAAUGUAAAUUUAAAAACAUUAAACAGGAAGUUGCAUGCUGCCAAGCGAAAUACGAGUUUCUUACAUCAAACAUGUUUCUAAAAAUGGCUUUGAGCCUAGAUGGUUGUAGAAAAUAUAAAAGGGAAUGGUUGCAAACCAACGCUUUCGUUGAAAGAGUUUCUGGCACCUCUGGAGAAAAAAAAAUACAAACUAGGAUUUAUUAGAGAACAUUCUGAUCAGAUUGAUUUUUGGGAAACUUGUGACUGACCACACCAAGUAAAGUAAUAUUUGCAAAUGGCAAAACCAGUAAAAUUCAGUAAAAAUGCCCACAAUACAGUCUCCUAACCCCAGAAAAUGGAAUAUAUUAUGUCUUUUUUUCCACAGUGAAUUUUGCAAUUAGGAAGAGUUUAAAAAUCUGCCAAAUAUCAUUUAGCUGAUAACAUCUUUAUUAAGGCUAUAAGAAUAUUUAAGUGUCUCACUUUGCUAAAAAAAAACCUUCGAUCUUAUGCUCUCUUUUCCCUUAGCAUUGCUAUCACACAGUUGACAUGAAAAUGAAUUUUUGACCAAACCACCAAUUCUCCCAUGUUACCAAACCUGAAAUUUUACUCAUUGCUACAAAUCAUCCUUUCCUGUAUAUAUUUCAUUGUAAUGCAUUCUAUCUCUUGGCUAUGAGACUCGUCUUAAUAUAUAUUUACUACAGAGGCUAAAAAAGGCCACUAACUACAGAUUCAACAUUUUUAUACUAAUUAAUAAUGAACCCAGAAUCUAAAUUUUAGAUGAAAAAUGAAAAGCUACCAACAGCAGUACAGGUAGUCCUCAACUUGCAACUAUAAUGGAGCCUGGAAUUUCCGUUAAGUUAUGAAGCUCAUAAGUUGAAGUAUCCAUGUGACAACCCCGACAAAUUUUAUGACUUUUUUGGGUGGUCAUUAAGCAAAUGGCAUAGUCGUUAAGUAAAUCAAUGUAUUCCAAAAAGGCUGUGAACCAGAAAAAAAAUAUGUCAGCCAUUAAGGUGAACCAGUUGCCAAGCAUCUGAAAUGUCAUGAAACUGAAGGGGGUACAGUUCCAUGACCAAUUCUGGAAUCUGGUCAGAAGUAACUUUUGGGUGGCCUAUUGUAAUUUCAAGCAGUCACUAAGAAAUUGAUAGUUAAGUGAGGACUUCCUAUAGAGACAAGUAAUCAUUCAGUAAAACAAGCUAUGAUCAUUUGUUGACUGAGGACCCAGAUCGUUGGGGUCAAUAUGCUAACUCUGAAAACCGCUUAGGACUGUAAAGCACUGUGAAACAGUAUAUAAAUCUAAAUGCUAUUGCUACCUGUAACAGAUGACUUUUUUUUUCUUAGUGCACAAUCUGCUUUUUUUCAGAUCAACAGUGUUGAUCCAUCAGUUGUGACAUGAACUGAUGAUGGCUUGUUGCCCAAGCCUGACAUGAUGGGCUGAGAGAGAGUCACCCAGCUGGGUUUCAUGUCUAUAGUACCUUAUGAUUCUUGAUGAACGUAUAUUUUCUUUUAUGUACACUGAGAGCAUAUGUACCAAGACAAAUUCCUUGUGU